CGCAUUUACAAGUUCGACGAGAUUCUAGGAAACGUUUCGCGCGCAUUACAAACAAUUUACCGAGGAAGAUAGACAAGGGAAGGUGCGAGGAUAAUGCCCGUAAUCACCGAUGAGGAUGCUGUAAUGGACGAGCAAGUAAACAUUGCAACUCAGGCAAGUAAUGUCAACUCAGAUUCUCAAAGCUUGUCUGAGAAUUCGGAAGAACAGCAUUCGGCUCUCACACUUACCGGUUCCAAAAGACACCAGGAAUUUCCAGUUGAGGAUGGCUUAGAAUGCUCACCAAAGUAUCCUAAGCUGGAAAUUGUACAGAAAAGUUUUGAACCCAAAGAAGAUCGUAGGGUUUUCUGUUCUUUAGAUGAAUUCUGGGAUAGGUCUUUAAAUGCAGAAAAUAGGCAUCACAAAGAAAAUAUUCAUCCUAUCAAAAAUUUAUGCCAUUCUUCUGAAAAAAAUAUACAGCAUCAAAGUGAGAAAUCUGUGGUGAAAUUUGACGCUGACUCAAUAGCAAUAUUAUCACAAAGGAAAAUUUCAAAUAUUUUUGUACAUAAAAUAGAAGAAAAAAAAUUUCAUAAGACAAGUAACAAAUAUAAUAACAUCAAUGCUGUCGUAAAUUUAGAAGCUAAAAUAAAAAAGAACAGCUCACAAUUGUCUAAUUCAUCUGAAAAUACCACUGAUGAACCAGUGAGUCUAUUAUCGAUUCCUGAAAACUUAUCUUCAGUAGUAACUCAAGAGGAGUAUCUUCAUCAAGAAACAUCUGAUCAAACUGAAACAUAUAACAAUAACGCUGUUACUCAACAAGAAACUAUAGCAUCCAAUUAUCUUUAUACAGCUAUUAGUCACUCUUCAAGGCAACAUAAUUUGAAUAUUGAAUAUAGCAGCUCACAAGAUCAAAGUUCUCAGUCAUCACAAAGUAUUUACCAAGAUCAAAAUGAAGAUGGGCAAUCUAUUGGAAAUCAAAUUUACCCACCUAUGUUUUUAAGACAAAUGAUUGAUAAUGAAGUACCAAGUACAUCAAGUUUCGAAGAAAAUGAUUUGCGAUUAACGAUGUCAAGCUCAGAUCUAGCUCAGUUAUUACUUAGUUUGAAAUGUGAUUUGCAAAAGUUGACUGAGAGAGUUGAUCAAAACGAAGUAACUUUAAAAGCAAUAGUUCAUGGUAAUCCAACCAAUCUAUCAGUUUUAUUUACUCCAAGCUUUAAAGAAAAGCACAAUCUAAAAAUACCAUUUUCAAAACUUGAAGAUUUCCUGAAGUUUAAUGACGAUUUAUCUAAAAAUCAAAACUUUAGCAGAGACUUUGUCACUAGCUUAACUGAAUUUAUUGAUAAAAAAGUUACUCUAGCAAAAAAUAUUUUAAAUAUGAUUAAACCUUACAUGUCAAAAGAAGUAGUCAUAUUAUUUAAUGCUUCAAAGCCAGCACAAAAUAAGUUGGUACUGAAAGAUUAUUUCUUUUGCAAAUGCUUAUUACAAGCUACACAAAUAACAUUACAAGGGGAUAAAUUACCUUUAGAACAUGAAAAGGCUUUCAUGAAAAAUUUGGGUCAUGUAAUAAGUGGAGCUAGAGGCUGGCAUACUCACAGCAAAGAAUGAUCAUUAUAACAUGCGAAAAAAACAUUUCAAAUUUUUUUAUUAUCUACUUCGAUUUGAUGUUAUAUGUUUAUCAUUUGACAAAUAUUGAUUUGCGUAAAACAUAUUUAUUAUACUAAUUUAUACUUGAAAUAUUAAGUUUUCUGUGAAUUUUUUUAUUUUCUAUAAAUCAUACAUGAAAAGUUACUUCUAUUGACAAUGUUGUAGAUUUAAAUUUAAUGUACA